AUGCGAAAGCUGGCCGAAGGAGCACCAUUACAAACUGUUGUCGAGGCUCGACACUUUCUUUGGGACUAUUUGAGUGAACAACAGAAGAGAGACAGAGCAGUGCUGCUAUCCUCACAUUCGAUGGAAGAAUGCGAAGCGCUCUGCACCCGCAUAGGUAUUCUUUGCCACGGAAAGCUUGUUGAAACCGGAGCUGUUCAAACGUUGAAGUCCAGGUGUGAAAUUUUUUGUGGUUUUACUUACUCCUGA